CACAGUACCAGUGAUCCACAUCUGUCACAGUACCAGUGAUCCACAUCUGUCAUAGUGCCAUGAGGGGAGACAUGCAACACUUACAGUCUGAGCAGGGGCGGACUGAUAACUCAUGGGGCCCCCGGGCAAUAGGGGAUCAUGGGGCCCCUGUGUCCUUGCCCAAACUCAAAAAAGCCUAUGAAAAAGGUACCAGGGGCAUCUCAUGGGGCCCCCUACUGACCCCGGGCCCUCAGUGCAGUGCCCGAGUUUCCAAAUGGUCAGUCCGCCCC